AUGGCUGAAAAUCGUAAUGAAGAGGAUGAGCACAAUAGAAGAAACGAAGAGGAAGUCCUCUUUCCCGAGCAUAGCAUGGACAUCUCCGAUCAAAUAGGGAGAGCGUUGGAAAAGUACACUCCUCUUUUACUAAAGAGGUUAAAUCAAAUGAUGGAAGGGGCAAUGAACGAUCACAUUGCUCAAAUGAUUAGAGAAGAGGUUGCGGUCAAUGUGCAACGGGAGUUUGAGAAAAGAGAUGCCAAGGAUAAGGGCAAGAAAACUGAAGACGAAAAAGAAGUGGAAGUGACAGGAGAAAGAUUUACAAGAAGAAGUUCACUUUCAGAGACUUUGAAGUGUGCCACCCACCGGAGUAUCACGGUGACCGUGAUCCCAUUAAAUAGUGGAAAUAGAUGGUGGGAUGGUUUGUUGGCGAUCAAGAAAGAAGCAUUGGAUAAUGUGGAGUGGCCCGAAUUCAAGGCCAUGUUUUUCAAAGAGUUUAGGUCGGAGGCCGAAGUUACCAAAUUGAGAAGUGAAUUUCUCAAUGACUCCCAAGGAAGUCUAAGCUUGAAUGAAUUUCGAGCUCAAUUCUUGGAUAAGGCACAAUUUUGUCCAGAAUUUCUCGAGAACGAUCAAUUGCUAAAAGAGCAAUUCUAUUUAAAGUUGAGGAAGAGUUUAAGAGAGAAGAUAAGCCUACGUCAAAUGGAUUCUUUCUCCAUGUUGGCGGAUGCGGCUAGAGAUCAUGAAAUUGAACAAUCAAGGGUAGAGGAAAGUGAAUUAAAGAGGAAACCCGAAGACACCAAUUCUCCGAAUAAGAGGUUCAAGCAAGAGGGUAGUUCCGAUAAUAACUCUACAAGGAAGAACAUACCAUUUUGCCGUCAAUGCAAGAGAAACCAUUCUGAAGUAUACAAGGCAUCGGAAAAGGGUUGCUAUACGUGCGGGAAACCGGGACACACAAGCCGGGAAUGCAAAUCGAAAUCUCAUAAACCGAUUAUAUGUUUUAAGUGCUUUGAAGAGGGGCAUAUGAGAAGUUCAUGCCCUAAGUUGACUGAAGAAGAAAGACUUGAAGAAAGGAGGAGAGAGGCAGAAAGGAAGAAUGCUCAAGCUCACAGGAAUCCACGUGGAAGAUCUUUUCAACUCACGGUGGAGCAGGAAAGGAACACGGAUGAUGUUGUCACAGAUAAUACUUUGCAAGUCGAGGUGGGUAAUGGUAGAAUGGAGUUGGUGAAGGAUGUGUAUAGAGGGUGUGAAAUCAAGAUUUCUUCUGAACUCUUUCAAGCCAAUUUAAUUCCUUUUCCGAUGGGAGAGUUUGAUAUAAUUUUGGGUAUGGAUUGGUUGAGCUCUUGUAAUGCUAAAAUCGCGUGUGAUGAAAAGGCGAUAUAUUUGAAGACCUCCAAGGGUGAAGACUUAGUGGUUUAUGGUGAUAGGAAAGAACGUUUUAUAUCCAUUUGUACAUUCGCUCGUGCCAAACAUUAUUUGUCCCAUGGAUGUUCAUCCUAUCUAGCUCACAUUGUUGACAUUGAGAAGAAACCUCCACCUAUUGAAGACAUUCCUAUUGUUAGUGAAUUUGCCGAUGUUUUUCCCGAAGACUUGCCGGGCAUUCCUGCCGAACGGCAAGUUGAGUUUUCCAUUGAUCUCACUCCGGGGGCUAACCCCAUUGCUAAAGCUCCAUGUCGUUUGGCUCCAACGGAAAUGCAAGAGUUACUCUCAUUGGGGUGCACCGGUACUUUUCUUUAA